GAUAGUGAGCAAAUCAAAGCGAACUACCAACAGAGUACUAAAAACAGUUCAACUAUAAUAUUAAAUUAUUCGAAUUUGUUUAAUCUACAAACACAAGAAAAAUACACAAAAUGGUAAAAGCACCAGCAAUCGGUAUCGACUUAGGAACCACCUAUUCCUGCGUCGGAGUUUGGCAACAAGGAAAAGUGGAAAUUAUUGCAAACGAUCAAGGUAAUCGCACAACACCAAGCUAUGUGGCGUUCACAGACACAGAACGUUUAAUUGGAGAUGCGGCGAAGAACCAGGUUGCGAUAAAUCCCAUCAACACAAUUUUCGAUGCGAAGAGAUUAAUCGGAAGAAAAUACGACGAUCAAAAAAUACAAGACGAUAUCAAACAUUGGCCUUUUAAAGUUGUUAAUGAUGGGGGAAAACCGAAAAUGCAAGUUGAAUUUAAGGGCGAAUCGAAACGAUUUGCACCGGAAGAAGUUAGCUCGAUGGUUUUGACGAAAAUGAAAGAAACGGCCGAAGCGUAUUUGGGUUGUUCCGUGAAAGAUGCCGUCAUCACUGUUCCAGCAUACUUUAAUGACUCCCAACGUCAAGCCACUAAAGAUGCGGGCGCAAUUGCUGGAUUAAAUGUAUUAAGAAUUAUUAAUGAACCAACAGCCGCUGCUUUAGCUUACGGUUUAGAUAAAAAUCUGAAGGGAGAAAGAAACGUUUUAAUUUUCGAUCUUGGGGGAGGUACUUUCGACGUCUCAAUUUUAACAAUAGAUGAAGGAUCCCUCUUUGAAGUAAGAGCAACGGCCGGUGACACUCAUCUUGGUGGAGAAGACUUCGAUAAUAGGCUGGUUAAUCAUUUAGCCGAGGAGUUUAAACGAAAAUACAAGAAGGAUCUUAGAAGUAAUCCCCGCGCACUUCGACGUUUAAGAACGGCAGCUGAACGAGCUAAAAGAACACUUUCUUCUAGCACUGAAGCAUCCAUUGAGAUAGAUGCCCUUUACGAAGGUGUUGAUUUUUAUACCAAAAUAUCCCGAGCUAGAUUUGAAGAAUUGUGUUCGGAUUUAUUCCGAGGAACUUUGCAUCCGGUCGAGAAAGCUUUGCAAGAUGCCAAAAUGGAUAAAGGUUCCAUUCACGAUAUUGUAUUGGUGGGAGGUUCAACGCGUAUCCCAAAAAUUCAAUCUCUCCUACAAAAUUAUUUUUGCGGCAAAGCUUUGAAUUUAUCAAUUAACCCAGAUGAAGCGGUUGCUUAUGGCGCAGCUGUCCAAGCAGCCGUUCUCAGCGGUGAAACCGAUAGUAAAAUUCAAGAUGUGCUUCUCGUUGAUGUAACUCCA